CAUGUUGUGUAUUCCACUCAGAACCGGCGGUAGCCGUCUUGUUCAGUGUAUAGUUAGUGUUUAAGUUGCUACUUAUUUUUUAUUUAUUUAUUUUUAUUUAUUUUUUUUUUUAAAAAGAAAGGUUCCCUGGACAUGAAUGAUUAGAACAGCAGUUAUUUAUGCUGUAGAUUCUGUCCGUGCAGCUGCUGGUGAGAGAAGCAAGAAUCAUGGAGGUUUUAAGGCCAGCACUUCUAAAUAUAAAUGGGAGGAUUUACAGAAAAAAUGCGACCAAAGAACAUGUUUAUCAAGAUGAGGAAGAUGAGUUUUCUUACUCAGGAGCAGAUGGUGUCCAGUGUGCAGAUGAACCCUGCGACACGGUCCAUCUCGAAGAAACUGAGAAAGGCUUCCGUUAUGCCAUAGAUGUGCCCAGCGUCCUUUACAAAUACAUUAUUGGGAAGAAGGGUGAGACGAAAAAACGUAUGGAAUCGGAGACACGGACCACCAUUACCAUUCCCAGACUAGGAGAGGAGGGACAAAUUGUGAUCACUGGUCAGCAGGGGUCUGCCGUGAUGUCUGCUGUUACACGUAUAGAAGUGCUGAUGGAGGGCUUCCGCAGAAAGCAGCCCUUCACGCACUUCCUUUCCUUUGCCCUGAACCACCCUGAAGUGCAGGAGCGCUUCCUCAAGUUUAAAGAGCAGGUGCUGGAUCAGCGUUCCCAGGACCACGGAGUGGACAGCAGCAUCUUUCAGAACCCUACCAAGCUCCACCUGACUGUGGGUACCCUGACCCUUCUCAGUGACCUGGAAGUGACCAAGGCGUGUAAGGUGCUCCAGCAGUGCCAGGACUUUGUCAGGGGCAUUACAGGGGAGAAGCCUCUUCUCCUUGAGGUGUCUGGGAUCGAGUAUAUGAACGAUGACCCAGCUAUGGUGGACGUCCUCUAUGCCAAGGUCCAACCAAAGGAUGGCUCGGACAAGUUGCAGAUGAUGGCCGACCGGCUGGUGGAGCACUUUGUCUCAUCAGGCCUCAUGGCGAGGGAGUGGGACAGGGUCAAGCUGCAUGGCACCAUCAUGAACACACUCUUCAGGAAGGACCCAUCCGAGGAGGACAAGGCCACUACAAAGAGACUAAACACAAAGGACCGAGAGGCUUUUGAUGCAAGAAAUAUACUAAGGAUGUUUGGCACUUAUCAUUUUGGAGAGUUUGAGCUGAAUGCAGUCCAUUUAUCCCAGAGGUAUUCCACCGACUGCACUGGUUUCUACACUUCGUCAGGCACCAUCACAUUUUCGUGAAGAGUCUUUGCCCUUGACGCUUACUGGCGAAGAAAAUGCCGGAAGACUGGAGGAACUAAUCUGAAAUGUGCAUGUGCAUGUGUAUGACAGAGGACUGCAUGAAGACACAAAUAAUGAACUGAACUAUUACUUUAUGAAAUAACUUUUCUGUAAUGUUUCAUCUGUCUUCAAAUUAAUGCUGAGAAUGUUAUUUCCCGCCCUUUUUUUUUUUUUUUGAUUGGAGGGGAGCUGUUCCCCCGUCAUUAAGGAAGCCCGAGUGACAUUGCCUAACAGGUAGCAUCUUUGUUCAAAGCUGAAGGUGGUUUCAAGAAAUGGGUUUACAGUUUUUGAAGAAUAAAGUGGAUAUUGAGAAAUAGCCUAGAGCUGUGCUUCAGGGUAUUAAGCUAUUUCCGUAAAAUGUAUUUCAUCAAUAUUGAUUUAGAAAACUGAUUUUUAAGAUAAGGAAUUAGAGUUGUGAUGAAAAGGUUGUGAAAAUCUCAGGAGAAGAAACAUGUUUUACGAAAGUAUGUUCUUGUGGAAGUAGUUUUAUUAUAUAAUAUAUACACGUGGUGUGAAUAAAAAAAUUCAAGCGGUUAUUCUCAACAAGAGCAUUCACUCAUGGAAUAUGUGAUCUGAAAUUUGUGAUUAAGAAUGCUCCAUUUAAUUUGUCAAAUUUGUUAGUUGCCAAAAAUUUAAUAAGUAGAUGUACUGUAGUAAUUUGUCUCAAACUAUGGGAAAGGGAAGCUUUUCUUAAUUGACCCUUGCCUAAGAAGGUGCAGCUGAAUGGUAAUUCAUUCGUUCUCAUUAUAAUUCAUGUUACAUAAAACUUCAAAGACGAACCUGACAGAAUAGUGUGAUUGGAACUGCC